AUGUCAGCUUUGGAACACUUUGAGAAGGAACUUGAACAUUUAUCAAUUAAAACAUCAACUCUUAGCCAUUUGGCAGGUCUUGCAGUAAAGUAUGUUGACCAAGCGAAUGAAAUAAAGGAUGCCAUCAAACGCAAAUUGUACAUUUCCCCUCCCGAACGGAAAGUAUGGGUGAUGUACUUUAUCCACUAUCUUUGCGUAGAAGUUGGAAACCCCUAUGAUUUGCUAUUUAACGCCGAGAUAUAUGAUUUGUUUUGUCAUGCCUAUACGAGUGUUGGAGACCAGUAUUUGAAACCAGAUAAGAAGAUGAGAACAGCAUUACAGGAACUAAAAGAUAUGUGGUACGGAGAAGGUGGAGAAAAAAGCCGAUUUGAUAAGACCCAGUUGAGUAGGAUAGACAAUUUCUUAGUGCAAGCAGAAGCAUUAUUGAGAAAAGACAAUUUGGCCUUGUCAAGAGGGUUGAACCUAACUCCGGAAGAUUUACUAAUUGAAGGUAGAAAACUAUUAUCAUAUGUGGUUUAUCUAAACCAGGCAUUAGAUCAAUUGACGUUUCAAGAGGAUCAUUUGACUAGGAACCAAAAGCGUGAAAUCCGCAGAUUUGAAAUGAUCGGGAAUGACUGUAUAGAUAAGAUAAAUCGGACAAUUGACUUGAUUGAGCAAGAUAUCCAACCUGAUCCUUUGAGUGAAAACCCAACAACAACUUUUAAAGCAUCUGGGUUGAUUAAUUUCCGUGAUAAUGCCUCACAAUACUAUGUAACAUUACAGGAAGUUCGUAAACUACUAGAUGAUCAAAGGCGACAACAAGAAGAGUUUGUCAAGAAAACAAGACGACAGUUGGCUCAGAUAAAAAUUAAGAUGAAAAAACGCGAUAACAAAAUUGAGAUCCGUGCCAAAUUGGAUGAUUUUUUACAAAAAUUCAAGGUUGAUAUUGAUCCAAAACCCAAAAAGGAGUUUUUCAUACCAAUGGAAUCAUCAAUCGAUUUUGAACUGGUUGUGAAAAAUUUUGGCAAAGAAAAAGUUGUUGUUGACUCUGUAUUUGUCAACAUUGAGGAGUCAGACAAUAAAGAUUUUGAAUUGUUGGAGAUUCAACAGAGUAAGCCGUUGAAGAAAGUUGAAGAUGUGUCACCAGUUGAAGAAGUAACUAAUGAUGUACAGAGUACCGCACCAACUCCCAAAGUAGACUUGUUGGGGCUUUUAGGGGGUACAAGGAGUAGUAGCUUAUUUGGUGCUUCGAAUGAAAACAAGCCCAUGUCACUUUUGGGUUCAGUCUCUGAGAGUAGUACAACAAUAGCAGCUUCAACAGGAAAUGAUGAAGAUAAGAAAAUAUACUCUAGCAAUGAAGAAGUAAUCAGCCGCCAAUCAAAAGAAAAUUUAUCGCCUCGACUUGAGAACAAUUCUUACACGCAAAAUCCAAGCUCACACGAAGUUGAAGUUUCUAUGGCGGAUCAAACUGGCACAGGUGGUUCUGAGAAACAGGAUAAUGAUAGUGAUAAGGAAAGCGGUGGAGUCAAAGAACUACGACUUUUAUCAGAUUCAAACAAGAGAAUAAAAGGCGAAGCGCCGCCAUUAUCUCAACAGAUAGUGGAAGCAAAAAAGAGCCAACUUGGUCCAGCUCUAUUAGAUCAGGUUCAGCAGAAAGAAUCAAAUACUGAAACUGAUAAAGAAGUCUCAACAAUCGUUGGUACUAAAAGAAAAAGUGGCAGUAACGAUAUUGAGUUUAACACCUUCAACCACGGGCUCGCAAUAUCUACCCUAGGAGAAGGAGGAGAUGACGAAGAAGACGAUUCACUAACAGGGGCUGAGAAUGAUGGCCCUCACAAGCUUGCAACAAAGCCAUCUUUGAGUUUUCAGGAAGUUGAAACAGAUGAUGCAGUUGAAGACUCAACAGACGUGCUCCCAGUUCGUGCACCUACCCCUCCACAUGCGAGCCACACUAUCCCGGGCUCCGAAAGAACAUCUCUUUCCACUCCAUCUGCCAUAGCUGGUGAUAACGCCAAAUCAAUUGACAAACUCAAUUUUAAGAAAAAAAUGAGUUUCAGUGAUUAUAAAUCAAGAGCACAAGACAACACUAAACCAAGCUCACCACCAACACUCCCCCCUGCUCCUCCAUCCUCUACGCAUCAAGUACCUUUGCUGGACUCGAGUUUGGAAGCUAUUGAUCUGCCUGCACUUUACAAUUCAUCAUCACCACCACCAUCACGCAUACCUCAAACGAUAGCAGACCCACCACCAUCACGCAUACCUCAAAAGGUAGACCCACCACUUAGGUCUUGUUUAAAGAGAAGAGACCUUAGAGAAUCUUCAGAUGUGAGACAAAUUAAAAGAGUAAAAUUUGAUGAUUGA